GCCGGGUACUGUUGUGGUCGCAACCCAUGUCCUUUCGCCCACGACGAAGCCGAGCUUGAAAAGUCCCCGAUGCCGGUGAUCAAGAGGCUCUGCAAGUACCUCGGUAGCUCUCAUGGCUGCAACUUGGGCGAUGGUUGUCGUAACGCUCACUCUCAUGAAGAGGUCGUGUCUGGUAUCCGAGUCGCUGGCUCUAAUAGAGUCGAUCUUAAUAACGACUAUGUUCUCUCUCUUUAUCACGGCUGCCCUCAACAGAAGAGCACCAAGAAGUCCUCGGACGCUGCUGCGAGUCGUGCUGCGAACAGUAUUGGUGGUCUCCGUAUUGAGUCGUACGAGUCCAAUCCCUCAGCCGAUCGCUCUCCACCGCUCUGGUUGCCUCUAUUGCAUUCUCCUCUGGGACCUUCUACGCCUCAGAGCCACAAUAGCUCUGAUAUUACUACUCCCUACGCUUGUCAUAUCCCUGAUUCUAUGAACCGCGCUAUACUUGAGUCCGUCGCUGCCAGUGUUGUCGAAAACCACGUGCGCACUGUUGCUGUGGCUGAUCUACUAUCAUGUCUGAGCUUUCUUAUUGAUAAUGGCUUCGAUUCGAAGGCUCUUAAUGAGUCGCUUGUUGAUUCUCUCUCUAAGUAUGAUGCCUAA